AUGCGUGUGAAGCGGCACAAGAACCAUCGGAGAAUUUUGCGCUUCUUCAGAAUAACAUUCGGAGUUCAGGAGCCUUACCACGUCUUGGUAGAUGGCACCUUUCUCACGCAUGCGUUGCAGCAGCGCAUCUAUGUCAAGGAGCAGCUUCCGAAGAUGUUGGAAGGUCGGAGUACUCCGAUGGUCACCAACUGCGUGCUGGAGGAGCUUCGGGCCUUGGGCGAGCGCGCCUUAGGUGCUGCCAUCAUCGCCAAGGGGUACUACCGAUUGAAGUGUGGACAUGAGACCCCAAUUGUCGCUGCCAAGUGUAUCUGUCAGCAGAUUGGGCAAAGCAAUGAGCGCAGGCUCUUGGUGGCGACUCAAGACCCAGAGCUGCUGGCCACACUGCGAGCAGUGCCCGGAGUUCCUCUUAUCAGGCUUCAUGGCCCAGUCCCUCAGUUGGAAGAGCCCUCGAAGGCCUCCCGAGGAGCAGCUGAGGCAAAGGAGAAGCAGAAACGGACUUGUGCGAACUGGGAGCGACCCAAGCUGCCUGAGCUCAAGGCCAAAGAAGUGAAAGCCAAAGCCCUGGCCGAGAAGCCGAAGAAGCUCCGAAAGAAGAAAGGAGUGAAUCCUUUGAGCUGCAAGAAGUCCAAGAAGAAAGGCCCGAAAGGCACCCAAGGCGCUCCUGUGCACGCGCCACCGGCGCCGGGUAAGCGCGUGCGUUCAAGGCGCAUGGCGCGGCCACAGGACAAAAGCGAAGCGGAACUGAAUUCUUGA